AUGUGGUCAUCAAAUGGAACAGAUAUCAUUCCAGUCGCUUUAAAUCAGCCGUUAACAAAUAUGGAUUCGUCUACUGUUAGACAAAUCGCAAAAUUAAUUAAAUCAACCAAAGCAAUGACGACAAUAAACGAUAAUAAUAAUACUCCUAUUGACAAUAAUAAUCAACGACGUGUUGGAUUAAGGCGACCUAAAUGUGCACGUUGUCGUAAUCAUGGCCUAAUUGCUUGGGUUAAAGGGCAUAAACGUAACUGUGCUUAUCGUGAUUGUAAAUGUGCACAGUGUAUAUUAAUUGUUGAGCGUCAACGUGUUAUGGCUGCACAAGUUGCAUUGAAAAGGCGACAAGCUGUUGAAGAUGUAAUCGUUAUGGACUGGCAACGCUUAAAUGAACAGACUAAUGAUAAUAUUACUAACACUAAUCAUCAGGAUAAGGAUGAACUGUUAAAUAAUCAUGCGACAAAUGAAACUUCAAAAAAGUUAACAAAUGAACAUAUAUACUAUACUGAUCAUCAAAUAAUCAAUUUGACAUCAAAGAUGGGAUAA